GAUGGCAGCGCCCUUGCGAAUGCUGGCCGCUCGGCGUGCGGUUGUUUUUCACGCAAUAAAACUAGAUUUUCCUCAUUGUAAUAGCUCGUUACGGACUGCCUCUAGUAUCUACACAGUCACAUCCAAACAGAAUGAACUGGCUGUAUCAGCGCAGCAAGUUCGGUACAACAGUUUCUUCAAUAAACUUCCUGGUGAUGACUUAUGGGCUGGCGUGAUGGGCCUUAGUAAUGCUGGUAGGAAGAAAGGUCGUGGUAAGAGAGGCGGUGGAGCAAGGAGGAAGACCGACCUCAACCGAGGUCAGAUCAUUGGAGUGGGUCGCUCUAACAUGGUGUGGCCAGGUUUGAAUGCACCAGUAAUGAAAGGCAGAGAGAUGGUAAAGCAGAAGCAGUUACCCACCAAUCCAGAUUUUGAGAGUGAUUUGGUGAAGUUCCGGGAGAAGAUGCAGACGAGAAGAAAAUUCUCUGUACCUACGCUGCAGAGAGGAUAUGCCGGUUCAAGAUGGCCCGGAAUGAGUAUUGGAGCUCCAGACCCUGUAGGAGAUUAUACAUUUGAGGGCUUUGAUACCAGAGUAUUGGAGUUUAAAAUGGUGUCCAACAUGACUGGUACACUGGGACGUAAAUCCCGGUUCAGUGCAUUUGUUGUGACUGGCAACAAAAAUGGCCUAGCUGGAUAUGGUCUGGCCAGAUCUCCUAAUGGACAAGCUGCUCUACGAAAGGCAAAGAAUAAAGCGGCUCAGCGACUGCAAUACAUUGAACUCUACAAUGGACACACAGUGUUCCACAACAUGUAUACCAAAUUCUUUUUCACCGCGAUCUUCAUCAACAAAAAGCAGCAAGGAUACGGCAUCAAGUCUCAUCGAGUUCUGAAGACCAUUUGCGAUGUGAUGGGUAUCAAAGAUUUGCAUUGUAAAGUUGAGGGAUCGACGAAGAAUGUGCAGAAUAUGACAAAAGCAUUCUUCAAUGCACUAGCUACUCAGGAAACACAUAAAGAACUUGCCGAGAGACAGCAACUCCACGUUGUGGAACUUAGGAAUGAAAUGGACAACCUACCGGUUGUGCUUGCAUCGCCUUCGUCAGGAAAGACACGGUCGAUUGGCCGAGAUGAGGAUCUGGACUUUAAUAGACUUUAUUACGGAGGAAAAGUGCCUUAUAUAAAGCCAAAGCCUCGGCCGUUUUAUGAAAAGUUGAGGUCAUGGCGAAAUUGGAAAAAGAAGGAAUUGUGGAAAUCACGUAACCAGGCCAAAUGUCAAAUAGUUCGCCUUGCUGGGUCUGAAGUGUAAAGAGUAUGCAACUGAUAGUGGUAAUUUGUUGACUGGACAAUACCCUGUGUGCUCAAAUAAGCCAGCCAUUGACAACUUUAUCUAGGCUGUUACGCUAGAAGAUUGUAUGGGGGGUCUCGGAUUCAGGAUCAGACCAUCCGAUGAAGUUCAUAUAGUAAACAUCUUUCAAUGAGUCGAUUGCCAUGGGUGAUGGGACCUCCGGCCUGUGGAAGAUGUAGAAUGGUUUGUUGUGAUUGUUGUAGAUCUGCACACCAGAGAUGUUAAUUGGCCACUAAAAGAAUGUAGCCAAAAAUGGCUUUGUUUUGUAUCACAGUGAGACAAAUGAGCUGAGAUUAACGAUAUUUGAUUUGCAUUUCGUUUU